UCUGACAAAUUUGUGUGGCUCAGUGGGCUAAGCCUCUGGGCCUAUGAUCAGAAGGGUGCUAGUUUGAGCCCAACCUUGGCAGAAUAGUCACAUGUCCGUAACCCCGGCUGCCCCAUGGUGGCUGCCCCUUCGCUGUGACCCCUAAGUUUGUUGUCACCUGUGUGGAGAGCAAGAUGGGGCUCUGUGGGGGAAAAAGAGAAUUUCCCCAUAGGGAUUAGUAACAUAUUACUAUUCUUUUCCAUUCAAGCAAGUUGGCAUUGCAAAUCUAUACACUGAGUUGAAUACAACCCAUAAUGAGCAUGUGAUGGACUGCCUGUUUCCUCUGCUGCCUGGGGUUGGCUCCCGGCUUCCUCAUGGCCAUUUACAGUUGGAAAAUGGAUGGAUGGAUGGAUGGUAUUUUCAAAAGCUUUCAUUACACACCCAGUCUCUUUCUCACCCCUAAACAUGCACAUUGAUUCUUUCUCCUCUACCCUCCCCCAGUCCCUUAACCCUGCUGCUCUGUAGUCCUCCAUCCACCCUUUCCAGUCUUCAUCCGCCAUAAUCUGAUUACAGACACAGGUGGCCACAGUUUAUUAGCAGGCCAAACAGAUUAGCUCUGGUGCUCCAGCGUGACUGGAAGUGGGGCGACACACGCUACCAGCACCAGCCCGAGAGGGGUGUGCAGAAGCUGCAACAAGAGGGAAUUUUGUCAGACCAGACACAUUAAUAUGAAAAAGUGUGGCAAGUAACGGGGGAGUGAAAGCGACAGCACCUUCUGCUGCGACUGAGCUGCUGGAUACCAUCAAGCAUCAGGAUCACCUGGUCCAGCCUGAAUAAUCUUCGUUUUGGAGCAGGGCUGCCUCAGCGUAAAACAGGGCUUCAACAGAUUAAUGGGCCAGUGUGUGUGAGUAUGCAAAUGUGACUGAUCCUGGAUGAUCACCAAGACCACCUUCUAAAGAAUUGCUGAUUGGCUGCCCCUCUACCUGUGCCACGAUGCCAUUGGCCGUGGAUGAGACUGCAGGGGACCUUCCAGUAAGAGAUCUCGGUCCAAGAGGAGGUCUCGUGCCUUCAGUGUAUGCUUCCCCCAGGAAUGUGAAGUCAAUGAGGAAGCCCCAGGUUCUGAAGAUUAAAGAUCGCUGGCCCAUGUACCGUAUGUCAAGAGAGCAGCUGGAGGACCAGUGCUCUCGCCUACAGGAGGAGAACACCAUCUUGAAACAGCACUGCCGCACACAGGAGCGGAAGAUGCGCAGAUUGUCCACAAAGGUAAUGCAGCUGCAGCAGAGGCAUCCUGGGCCAGGCGGUGCCUGGGAGAAGGAACUGGAUGAGACCGUGCAGGAACUAGAGGCCCGCGUGGCCACGCUGGAGACCCAGAAGGAGGCGCUGCAGAGCAAGCUGGACCUGGCCAAGCAGCAAUUCCUAGAGCUGGGGAACAGGGCCCAUUCCCGAGUGAGAGGUCGCGUCCCGGACAGAAGUAGGGGGGUUCGGAGGGCUGCCCUGACUGCACCUCCCCACUGUGGACUGAUUUCCCAGGCCGACAGUCAUGGAGAGAUGGGGAGGCCUGCCACCAGCAUGCAGCAGUCAAGUGUGGAGGAGCUGGAGCUGACUGCCCUGUCAAUGACAGACUCCGUCAGAGAGAGGGAGAGCGAGGUUACGGAGGCCUUGAGGGAGCUAAGGAGACAACAGGCUGGUAACAACAGAGUGGCAAUACAGGAAAACCUGGAUGUGAUUCACCUACAGAAACAGUUGGCAGAUAAGGGAGCGGCCCUGCUAGUUAUUCAGGAGAAGGUUAAUGUGCUGCGGGAGUCAUAUGAAGCCAGGCUAGUAGAGAGUCAAAAGGCACUUAAGGAGUGUCAAGAGGCUCUUCUGCAGAAGGUGGGGGAAUUAACAGAAGAGUUGAAACAAGAACGACAGAAGACGUUAACUAUGGAAGGCCAGUUGAGUACUGCCAUGGUAUCGGUGCAAGCUUUGGAGGAGUUCCAAGAACGCGUGGCUGACCUGGAAAGGGAGAGGAACCUGCUGAAGGACAGUUAUGAUGGACUUCUGGAAAGCACUAUCACUGCCCAGGACCAUCAGAAAAUGCACGCGGGCCAAAUGGACAAGAACCAAGUGCUGCAGGAGCAGACGUGGAGGGUGGAGAUUCACAGACUGCAGGAGGAGCUCAGAGUUGAGCGACAGGAGAAGGAGAGGCUAGAGAAGGAGCGGAAGAGAAUGCAGCAGGAGACCAACAGCAUCGAAGAACUGCAGCAACGAGAGAGAAACACCAAAGAGUCAGAACAGGAAAAGCAUGCUUCUCUGGAAAAGGAAGUCCUGCACUGCAAAGAGAUAGUGACAUCACUGCAAGAGAAACUGGAUUCAGUGGCUGAGGCAUUUGAUAUGAGCGUUGAGGACCUCAGUGAAACACUUUUGCAAAUUAAGAAAUUCAGGCUCAUGUAUGAAGCGGAGGAACGACUGCGCUUUCUGGGUGAUGAUGUGAAGGUGGAGGAGGGGGUUAGAGAGCUGGCAGAUCUUCGGGCUACACACGCGGAGACUGUGUUAGAGCUGCGGAAGACCAGAGAGAUGCUGCUUCUGCAAAGUCGCAUCAACAAAGAUUUCCAGGCUGAGUUGAACAUUGUCAAGGAGAGAGCAGAGCGAGAGCGAGAGGAAAGUCAGAAGAGGACAGCAGAGAAAGACAGACAGCUGGAAAGAAGAGCCCAAAGAAUCACGACUUUACAGGCUCAGCUCAAGGACUUGGCCUACAGCCCCAGGAGCUAUAAACGGACCAUUCCACUUCAGUACAACUGGGCUGGGGGUGGCCAAGAGGAAGGGGAGGAUGACCUGAUCUUUGGGCAGCUGCAGCCCGGAGAGUCCCUGCUAGAGAUUCACCUGAGCGGAGCCAGUUUCACGUCUGCGGGGCUCCGGGCCGUGACACAAAGCUCGGAGCCCAGUGAGCGCGAAGCCUCUGGCCAGAAGGUCAUGACCUUUUGUACCUAUGCCCUUUUGGACUUCGAAAUGCACUCCACUCCUCUGGUGUCAGGAGUGCAGCCCAAUUACGGCUUCACCUCCCGCUACCCGCUCUCCCCGCUGGACUUCGAAAGGCUGGGAAAGGCAGAUGGAAGAAUCAGGGCAGAGCUGCACCAGGCUCUUGGCGGGAUUCAAUUCGUAACUUGCGGUGACGGUUGGAUCCCACUGUCUGGAGCCAUGGAGAGGAGAGGCGAGCGAGUGAAUGGGAAAGCCAGCAUCACAGAUGUGCGGGGUGAGAUUAUAGGGAUUCUGGAGUUCUGGGUACGCAUCUACCCACCUGUGCAGCUGACUUGCAGCCUGGGAGACAGACAGACUUUGCCGAGUGCUCCCUCCCAGGGGGCUUUGAGUUGGCAAGGCUACGUCAGAGAAGAGAUGUUUGACUUUGGCGGAGGAAUUCCUAACGAGCUAGAAGUGGUGCUGGAGCGAGGCGUUGACCUCAGUGCACAUUGGCCUGGACUACUUCCAGAUGCCUACCUGCUCUACCGUCUCUAUGAUCUGCCGCCACAUGUCUCUCCCACCAUCCCUUGCUGCACAAACCCUGUGUUCAAUGACUCAGCGUCUUAUCCACUGGCGAUGACCCAAGACGUGCUGGCCUACCUGCAUAGUAACAGUCUGUGGGUCUAUGUGUUUGAUGACCGUGACGACCGGCUUCCACCAUCCUAUCUAGCCAAGACACCCAUCCCACUACGGCCAUUGUCAGUUGGCAGACAAGUCAGAGGUGACUUUGUGCUUAGAGAUUCUGGAGGCAGACCAAGGGGCAUGGUCAGAGUGUCCCUCCGAUGGAAGUACCCCUUUCAGUCACCAGAGGUAUCUCAAACUACAAAGGCAAUUGACAGAGAGGAACAAGAAUGUAGCAGACAACUACACAGACCCACUGCCAAGCCUAGGACUAAGACAGGCCUCCCCAAAUGUGAGAUGGUUUGCAGAGACUCCCAUACACCGUCCAGGCCUCUAUCAGCUAUCUUGAGACGGCCGGGAAGUGUCCCCUUUAAGGCACCUGAGUCAGAGAGAGGCCCCUCUCAUUGGUCAGCGGACCUUGCGACGCCCUGCCUCGUGUCAAGCGGAAAUCAAGUUGCAUCCCUGCAGCCACCUGCCAGGAAGCGAACCUCACGCCUGAGGUCACAUGUCCUGGUGCGGGGAAAACCUCAGCCUACUUCUCUACGCCCUGCAAACAGCCCAAUUCUUGAAUUCCAACACAAGGAAGGUCCGUCCGUAGAGGACGAAGCAGGGACAAACACUCCUGUGGGAGAAGAGGAUGAAGACGAGGAGUGUGGGAGAAAUGAAAAAGUUCAUGUGGACAGUGAUGUCACUGAAUCCGGUGAAUCAAGAGCAUCCUCUGACAGUGAUGUCAUCAUAGUACCAAAGCCAUCUGAGCUGCAUGUGGAGGAAAAUAAACUGCAUGUGGAGAUUCUCUCUCUGUCUUUUCAUUCCACCUCCAAUGUUGCUCUUGACCAGUCAGUGCAGCAAGUUUAUGUUGAGUACCGCCUGUUCGGGGUUCCCAUGGAAACCACAGAGACACCUAUGUCUCUUCGUAAACCAACUUGUGGAGAAGAAAUACAUUACAACUUCACAAGAGUGAUUUAUGUGGACAGAGCAGAGGCAGCACCCCUCAGACAAUAUCUCUACACUAUGCUGGAGGGUACUGACCCCAACCAUGGAAGAUUGAAGUUCACAGUGGUGAGUGAGCCAAUGGAUGAGCAGGAGGAGGAGUGUGUGGAUAUUGGCCACGCCUACCUAGAUUUGCAGGAACUUCUGCUGACAGGAAAUGAUGUCAUUGAGCGCAAAAUUGACAUUUACAGUGUGGGUGAAGAUCUGGAGGUGGUGGGCAAGCUGAAGGUAUCUCUGGAAGCAGCUCAGACUCUGACAGGAAUUUACUGGGAGUAUCGUAACUUGAGAGAAAGAGAGGAUGAGCAGAAAAAAUAUGAGGAAGGAAAAACUGAAGCAGAAGAUAUGAGUAUGGAACCUCUUCAAUCUGAGAAGGAUGAUGACUGUGAUAACCACAACAGAUAAAUAUUGACAUGCUACCUGGAAAGUGCUUAUGUGAUGCUGUUUGAAAGUAAAACAGACAAUUCUAAAAAGAAACACUAAAUGAGAGUUAUGAUACUCAAUUGAAUCAAUUGUCAAUUAUACAGCAUCCAAGGGAGAUAAUGGCCACAUUUAGAAAAUAUAUGAUGUCAGUUAAUUAGUAUCUAUGACGUGGCACAACUGGUGGCUCCUCUAUGAAACAAUUAAAUGGCUUGAAUUAGAGCAGUGAAGGGAUCAUAAUCCAUCUGCUUUACUAUUUGUGAAGCUGGAUUUUUUUUGAACCAGAAAGAAUUGGAAAAGCAACCUAACCUGCAGACCCAAAUUCUAUAAAUGAUACAAUCCAACAUAGAUAACAGCAGGCAUAUCUGGCCAGUACAAGAGAUACAGUUAGUGUAUCUGAGGGUGAGAAAGGACGGAUGGGACAGCCAUGUGACUAGCAAGCACCCCAGUGGGAAUCUGUCAAAAUCUAUUAAAAAUUAUAGCGGAAAUUAAUGUUUUACAUGCUGACUUCCAAUUAUUUUCCAUCACCGUAACAUUGUUUUCUGGUAAAUGUGAGACUGCCCUACACAGCUCACUCACCCUGUAGAUUUAAGUUCUAAAUCCUCAUAUUCCCAAUUUAUUGGAGAGGAAAAACACGUAUCCAUAGAAUUUUUCUGUUAACCCUGCUAUACACUGACUUAAAAUAAAGUGCAAAUUUAUGAAAAUAAUAAAGAAACCAAUUUUACCUACUUACCUCAGGGAUAGACCCACACAGUAUAUAAAUCAUUAAAAUAAAAAUGGUUUUGGACCAACAGUAGCCCAGUAAGAUCAGUAAUAGAAUAAGCUUAAUAAGGAUUUUGCUUUAUACAUUAUCCUAGGAACAUUCAAGGUUACUACAGCAGUCUCCCAGAGACUUAACCACCUACCAGAACAAAUUAUGC